AUGUUACCCCGCCGCUUUGUUUUCUUCUUCAGCACCGGCGGCGGAGCGCGUGGCUGCGGUCUCUGCAGGGUCCAAAAGCCCGUCCGACGCGGGUGGCCGGAGAGAGAGAGGCUGCCGGGGGCAGCAGCGCCCGACCGGCCCAGGCUCCUGACAGGGGAGCGCGGGGGGCAGCAGCCGCCGCCGCAGCCGCAGCCGCCGGGGCGUUUCCUGAGCAGCUCUGCGGGGCUUGUGUCUUCAUCCCCCGGCAGCGCCGACGAGGAGCCCCGCAGCUUUCCCGAAGCGCUCCUGGGCUUGUGUCAGAGGAGGCGCUUCCUGCGAGGAGCCGAAGGUCCCCAGAAGCUCACCUGGGACUCUCACCUGAGCGGGGAGCACCCGGGCUUGGGGCCUCUGGGGGUCGAGCUGAGGAAGAACCUCGCCGCCCGGUGGUGGGAGUCCGUGGUCGCGUCCAGGGAGCAAGUGCUGGGGGUGGAUGGCCCGCUCUGCCGCUCUCCCCUUGCGGGCCAAGUGCCGCCCGCGGAAGCUCUCCUUGCGCUGCGCUCGAGAGGCGUUCGGGAAAUGUUGGAGAAUGACCAGUUAAGCAAAGAGCAGGUGUUGGCCUCUCUGAGGAAGAUGCUGGAGGCGUCUGGGGUGCUGCGGGACAACCUCCUUCACGGUGCCUUACAGCAAUACAUUGAAUGCCUGGAACUGGUCAACAAGAGAUUGCCUUUUGGGGUUGCUCAGAUAGGAGUAUGUUUCCAUCCAGUAAGAAAUAAUGAAAAUGAGAAUUGCAUGAGAACAGGUGAAAGCACGAUGACUUCCCUAGUGUGGUACAGCUCUGCUAGAACUGCUGGACAGUGGCUGGACUACUGGUUACGUCAGCGUCUCCAGUGGUGGAGAAAGUUUGCAAUAAGCCCAUCCAGCUUCACCAGUAGUGAUCAUCAUGAUGAAGAAGGAAGAAGAAGCAGCAAUCUCCAUUAUAACUUUCCUUGGGGGAAGGAAGUCAUAGAAACUCUGAGCAAUCUAGGUGAUAAUGACCUGCUACAAAUGUAUGCAGGAAAAGAAUCCAGUUUGCAUGGUCGAGAUGGGAGGAAGAACGUUGUUCCUCAUAUCCUGUCUGUGAGCGGCAAUCUGGACUGUGGAGUGUUAGCAUAUCUCUGUGAUGGUAUGCAGUUGGCUGAAAAUGCUUCAACAAGGAAGAAAGCUCUGCAGAGAAAGGUACUUAAACUUCACCCAUGUUUGACGCCAAUCAAAGUAGCUUUGGAUGUGGGAAGAGGCCCUACAAUCGAGCUGAGGCAGGUGUGCAAGGGAUUGUUCAGUGAAUUGUUAGAAAAUGGGAUUUCUGUUUGGCCUGGAUAUCUCGAAACCGUGCAGUCGUCACUGGAGCAGCUUUUUGCAAAGUAUGAUGAAAUGAGUAUCCUCUUCACAAUCCUUGUCAGUGAUACCACACUAGAGAAUGGUGUGGUCCAGCUAAGGAACAGGGACACCACAAUGAAAGAAAUGAUGCAUAUAUCCCGAUUAAAGGACUUCUUAACCAAGUACAUUUCAGCAGCUAAAAACAUCUGAGCUUACAAUAAAGACAAAUUCUCUUCUUCCUGA